AUGCGCACGCUUGCGGCAUCUAUGGGUAGUCAGUUCACGGCCACCAUUCCAAUGUUGCACUCACAGACUAGUGGUAUGUUGGAUGCUUGGGACCGCAACAUGUCGGAUGUUGGGAUUCCAAUAGAUAUAGUUCAAGCACAGCUUCUGCUGGCCGUAUACGGGAUUCUCAAGGACGAUCCACGAAAGGGAUGGAGCAACGCGGGUCGCUGUGUUCAGCUGGUGCAUCGGAUGAAAUUAGAUCAGAUAGACUGCCCAAGCACAUGGCAGUCGUGCCAACUCUCAAAGGUAGAAGUUGAGGAGAGACGGCGGACGUUCUGGGCAGUGUACGCCCUCGACCGGUAUGCUAAUAUCGUGUACGGUCUACCUCUUUCAUUAAACGAUCGGAUGAUUCUCACGCGACUACCCGCUACCGAAGCUGCAUUCCGAGGGCAGACGGCGAUCACGUCAGAAUUCCUGGCCUCGGCUAUGUCCCAAAAGACCAAGCAGCCGCUCUCCACAUACGCCAAAUCAAUGGUAAUCGUGACCAUUCUUUCACGAUGCGUCGCACACCGAAACCAGUGCAAUGUCGAGCGCAUCACAGACCCCACGUCGCAAGAAUUCCUGACGCGCCACUGCGAGCUGGACAAAAUCUUAACAGAAGAAAUCAAGACGAUAUUAUCCUGCGUCUCAACUGAUAAUGAACAUUACAAUCCUACUUAUGUGUUCAUCGAAAUGCUCGCAGAAGCCGCUAUUCUGGUUCUUUCCACUGCCCUAAGCUCCGUCCCCGAAGGCCCACGAGAUGUGUGCCAGACGUAUAACAACCGGGCAUUCAAGGCCGCAGAGCGAAUCCAUAACCAGGCACAGAUACUGUCUCAAUUUUGUUUGUUCAAGGUCCACCCAUUCACACCAAUUGCACUGUUCAUCUGCGCUGAGUUCACUCGCACGCAUAAGACGUUGAAUGGCGAGGCUACCGAGCAGUUCAUGGAUAUUUCUUCUUCAUUGCGAUACCUGGCAUCUGCUAAUCGCCUUGCGGGAAUGUUGCAUCUCCAGCUCCAGCAAAAUGCGGGAAAUCAUGUAGAUCCCGGUUUGUAG